AUGUCCAAGAUUACCUUCGUGAAUCCACCCACGUUGUUCGACCCCACGGGGCACAACUAUUCGCAUGCGAGCGUCACCGAUUCACCAAAACGAAUAAUCCAUACAGCUGGCCAGGUUGCGAUCGAUCAGAACGGUCAAAUUCCAUCAACAUUCGAAGCACAAGCUCGACUCAUCUUUUCCAACAUCAAAAUCAUAUUGGCUGAAGCAGGCGCCUCCGUCAAGGACAUCACUAUGAUCACCGGCUUCGUGGUCGAUUAUUCUUCCAACACCGUUGUAUUUGAAUUGAUCAAAGAGUUUUUGACCAUAUCUGGUAUCGAGGUUCAUAAACCACCUCAGGCAGUCAUUCCUGUUACUGAGCUCGCCAUCCCCGGCUGCAAGCUCGAGAUUCUCGUGGUGGCAGCGGCUCCGGGUGGUCCUCGACUGUGA